AUGCCUGCACCGAAAAAUAUAUUUCAUCUCCCGAAAGAAGGCCCUAGAAUAACGGGCAACGAGCAAGAAAACAGGAGAGGUGAUUCAAUGUUCCUCAACUGCACGUCAGGGCGGUCAUAUCCCGCGGCUGUGCUCAGUUGGGACAUCGAUGGGGAGAAGACUAUGUUACAUAAAGCCGGUCUUCCAAUAAUAUCAAUCUGACAUAUGACAUUACUUUGAGGUUAUAGCGUUUCAUGGCUUACGGCUCUAGCCGGGACCAAAAUCCUAACGUGCCAUUCGAAGCAAGAUAAAGCUCGAGAUAGUAAAUUUUUGGUCACCCAACCUAAGACUAGCCAUUUCAAAAGUUGCUUAACAUCCGUAUCGCAGAACGAGUGUACUAACCACUGUGCCAUCGAGCUCGAUUUACACUAACAUGACGAAGUUUUUCUACAGGUGACCGAUCCAGAACUGCUGGUAGAAUAUCCACCUAUGCAACAUGCACAUGGCCUGUUGUCAGUAGCCCUGGGUCUUAGAGUACCAGUUGGGAGGACAAUGCAAGUGCGUUGCACAGCACGGGUAGCGCCCGCGUGGCGGGAAGGCAGCGAAGCUGUGGUCGGCAGUAGUCAUCUUGCUGACAGCAAAGAGGCUAUGCUUCUAGGUAAGCACUGAUACAAUUCUUAUAAAUUAAACCAAAAUGGCGAUUUUCCGCGCAGUUUCAGAUCUUCGGAAUACUGCGUGGUUAUGAUUAUGCGGCGCGUGCUUGAGACCCGAAAUGUUGCUACUGCGCAGUCGCCAUUUUGGGUUCUGUACAUAUGGUAUAUCCUGCUCGGUAAUAAAAUAAGCUUAGUAAAUUGUAACAGUUAG